UGGUGGUGCUAUUCUCCACCUGAAAAGGUGGAGGACAUGGCAGAGGAAAUAUCAUGGAGGGAUCUCAGUGAUGCCAAUGUACAAGCAGUAUCCAGAUCCCUACAUUUGAUGUGGUCGAUCACAACUCUGGUAAAAACUGUGUGUUCCCUCAGCGACCUGGAGGAGAACAACUGUGAAACACCUGGAACAAAGACAUUUUAUGAAGGCCUUGCCCAAAAUGACAUGCUUUAUGAGAGAAAAAGCAAUUAUAGGAUUGGCCUAAUAGAAAACCAUCGAAAGAGCCGUUCCACCAAGAGGCCUGCACAUCGUCUCACACUCCCUCGAUUUCCAUUGAAGAGGAGAUGGAGUGAGCUGGCUCUGCCCACGUUUUUCACAACCUCGCCACAAAGGCCAAGCAACAAAGGCCAGGAGAGUGAUUGUCUGAAGACAGUAAGAGUGUCUGAGGAGACGGAAAAUGCUGUCUCAUUUGGGGAAACACCUGAGGCUGAGAUAGAAGAGACCAUCACUUUUAGUACUACAACGCUGGAUUUACUGGGCGUGCUAGCAGACCGCAAAUGUGAAAUGAACCAUGAACCACAUGAUGAUGCCACCAUUAUGAAGAAUGAAGCAAGUGCAGAUUUGAGUGACCUUAUCAGCCAAAUGACAAGGGAUCUCACAUGUGCUGUGUCCCACUCACAGCAUGGGAACAUCCGAUGUGAAAUAGUCAAUGACAUAAUGAGUAUGGCAUUGCCAUCUCCAUCUCCAAAUGAGGAGCUCCAGGAGGCACCCAUAGCCUCCAACAGGCAAAGCAGAAGGAGCUGGAAAGGGGUGAGGAGGCAGCGUAGGAACACGUUUCGAAGCUUAUGCUGCUGCUUCGUCACCCCGAGUACAAAUAGCACAACAUCCAGGGUCGAAGAUGAGGCCGAGAUCCGUGGUCCCUAAACCACAGGUCUGUGUUCGGCCUGGUGGGGCGUAAGAGACACUGGAGGGAACCAGGCCAGAACAGAAAGGAGGUGUGCCCCACACCUCUUCUUCAUGCCAUACACCUCCAGCAACCUGAGAACAAGCUAUGUCAACAUCCUCCCAUGCAGAGAGGGAGGCUUGAUUUCAUUGGUCUGCAGCACUAGUGGCUGGGCAGUGAAAAUAGCCCAUUAUUCACCGGACAUGAAGAGGAAUCCAUCCUGCUCCACAGUCCACAGAAGAAAACUAGCCAACUGUGAAUGCCCUGUGAAGCUGGACCUCAACUAAUGUGAACAACAACGUUCCUCCUUGGAUCAGGUUUCAAAGGUGGAAGCCAUACUGUGCAGUUAUGCUUGCUCUGCCUUUUCUGUGAGCAUCUACCCUUCUGGAACUCACACUGUGAAUCAAUCACUGGGAGGAGUUAAGGAGAACUCAGUUGCAUGGCUAGGCCUCUACUGUGAGGUCCCUGGAGAUGAGAUAAAGACAGAAGACCCUGGUCUAAGAAGGAGCUGUGCCUAUCUCCCAUGGCUUGUUCUUCUCCAUCUUCAUAUUUCUAUGACACACUACAGCAACAGCCAGAAUCCCCUGCAUCCUGUGGAGUGGCUUCAGUGUUGGUGAUAAUAACAUUAAGUGGUACCAGCAGAU